AUGGUGAAAAAGAAGAAUGGUAAGUGGCGGAUGUGUGUAGACUUCACCGGCCUGAACACACCUUGCCCCAAGGAUUCGUUUCCAUCACCCCACAUCGACCAGCUCAUUGGCGCGAUAGCCGGGCACAAAAUUCUAUGUUUCUUGGACUCCUACUCGGGCUACAACCAAAUCCUUAUGGCGGAGAAGGACCAGGAAAAAACCAACUUUAUCACCCACCAGGGGACGUACUGCUACAAGGUCAUGCCUUUCGGAUUGAAAAAUGCGGGGGCAACUUACCAAAGGACUAAGACUAGCACUCAAAUACGAGGCAAAGCGGCUAAGGCUGCACUGCGAUUCUCAGUUAGUGGUCAACCAUGUCAUAGGGACUUUCCAAAUCAAAGAGCAAAGGUUACAAAAAUACCAGACCGAGAUCUGCAAACUACUACCCGAGUUCGACGAAUGUCAACUCGACCAGAUUUCUCGAGCAUGGAAUAUCGAGGUGGACGGCCUGGCCAAAUUAGCAACAGCCACCAAAAAUAUCACAAUCGGAGACCAAAAUGUGGUCCACCUCCUCAACUCGUCGAUAAACCAAAUCGAGGUAAGAACUAUAGACCUAACUUGGGACUGGCGUAA